AUGGUUGUUCCCUUCAAAGCCUCAUACCCACUUUUCCUUUGCUUGAUUCUUUUCUGUGGCGUCAAUUGCACUGAGUUUGAAGUUGGUGGCCAUGGAGGUUGGGUUGUCCCAAAGACAAAGGAUGAUGCUCAAAUGUUCAAUCAAUGGGCAUCCCAAAACAGAUUCAAGAUUGAUGACACUCUUCUUUUCAAGUACGAGAAAGACUCAGUUAUGGAGGUGACUGAAGAAGAAUAUGAAAAAUGUGUAUCACCUCAUCCCCUCUUUUUCUCCAACAAUGGUGACAUUGUGUUCAAGUUUGACAGAGCAGGCUUGUUCUACUUCAUCAGUGGUGUUCGUGGUCACUGUGACAGAGGGCAAAAGAUGAUCAUCAAGGUCUUGGAUAUUGAAGCAAGUCCCUCACCCCAAUAUGCAAAUAGCACUACACCAAAGCCACAUUCAAAAAGUGGAGUUGCUGAACUUACUCCCAUGAGGAUCAUGACAGAGUCCAUAGUUUUUGUUUUGUCAACCUUCUUCCUUCAGCUUUAUGUUAUAAUGUUGACAAUUCUGGGGGCUGCUGGAGCUCAAGAAAUUGGAAAACAUCAUAAUAAGGGAAGGACCUUAAAUGUAAAGCAAGUGAGCUAUCAUGAGUUUGAGAAGUUCGUUAAGGAAGAAAGUUCAAGGCCACUAGCAGACCUUUCAACACCAUUGUGUUCAGCACAUCAAAUGGGGAGUUGCAGGAUGGGUUCUAAUCCAAAGCAAUCAAUGGUGAAUGAGACAGGAGAAACAUGGGAAAUGGAAGGCCUUUAUGUGCCUGAUACAAGUGUCUUUCCCACAGCUUUGGGAGUGAAUCCAGUGGUCAUUGUUCAAGCUAUUGCUUACUACGUAGCACAAUCUGUCUUAGAAGUUCUCAGAAUGAAAAGAAGUAAAUGA